AUGCACGUGAACUGAUGAGAGGGGAGCAAUAAUCUCUCCCUCCCUUCUUACAAAGAAAGUAGGAAACCGUUUUUGUAGGCUCACUAAUCACAACAAUAAUUACCUUCACUACCUGAACAGCAGCGGCAGAUCCUAAACCUAGAAACCCCACCUUUCUUUCUUCCCGAUUUUCCCUUCCCUUUCCUGGGAAAUCUAUAAACCCAGUAAAAUCUUGAAUCGCAAUUCCACUCCAAAAUGGCAGCAACGGCAGAUAACACACUGAAAUCAUCCAAAGAAGUAUCGGCAAUGAUAAAGCAAGGCUUCAUUUCAAACACAACUCUCACUUUCUCUCCUUCAAGAACCACAACUCUCUCUAAGAUUCCCUCUCCCUCCGACAAAAACACCGUCCCCUCGCCCCCUCAUGUCUCGCCUGAGUCAACUCGCCCGAGUCACGACAACCCCCGCCCAACCCUGUUCGAGAUGAUGUCCGAAGAGCAGCAACGGGAGUCCAUCCUCGCUCAGGAGUCCCGCCGCAAAUCCCGGAUCAAGCUUGCUCAAAUCCUAGCCCAGCUAGAAAGCUAUGGCGUCCAGUGGGGGCUGGGACCCAGUGAUGUGAGGCUCUCUGUGGUCGGGAGGGACGGCUUCAAAGUCUACAUGGAUGUCCACAGGAGGGUCUUGUUAGAGAAGAGCAGGUUCUUUGCGGAGAAGCUGAGGAGGGACCGAGGGAUCGCGCACUCGGUAGAGAUAAGCGAGUGCGAUGAUGUGGAGGUUUAUGUAGAGACUGUGAUGUUGAUGUAUUGCCAAGACUUGAAGAAGAGGUUGAUCGGUGAGGACGUUAAUAAGGUCUUAGAUUUGCUCAAGGUUUCUUCGGCUAUAAUGUUUGAUUUGGGGAUUACGUCUUGCUUGGAGUAUUUGGAAGCUGUUCCAUGGUCCCAGGAUGAAGAGGAAGCAGUUGUAUUUCAUCUCAGUCAACUUCAACUUCACAACUCAGUGACUGAAGUUUUGCAGAGAUUAGCUUCUGAACCAUCAACCUCUGCGAGAACUGAUGACAUCUUCUUGAAAUUGCUGACUGGUGUUCUACAAGCCAAAGAUGAAAAAGCUCGUCGAGAAAUGAAAACUCUUAUUUCACGGUUGCUCAAAGAAGAUGCAUCUGAUCUUGAUCACAGGCUUGAUGUCUCCAAAGAUUCUCUCUACCAUCUCUGCCAUGGAUGUCUCAGUUCUCUUAUUCUCUGCUUAUCUGAAGCUACAUCCAUGGAUGAAAGCAGACGGGAUAGAGGGAUUUUGAUGGGUGAGAUUGCUCGUGAAGCUGACAAUUUGCAGUGGAUUGUUGAUAUUUUAACUGAGAAAAAAAUGGGUGAUGAAUUUGUGAAACUAUGGGCGGAUCAAAAGGAACUUGCAAUUCUUCACUCGAAGAUACCCGUCAUGUAUCGGCAUGAAAUCAGCAAAAUCACUGCCCAAUUAUGUAUUGCCAUUGGUGGAGGACAUAUUUUGGUGCCAAAAGAUACCCGGUUCUCUUUGUUAUCCACAUGGCUGGAAGCUCUUUACGAAGACUUUGGGUGGAUGAGGAGGGCUUCAAGAAGCGUGGAUAAGAAAUUGGUCGAGGAUGGACUGAGCCAGACAAUUCUAACCCUGCCGCUGGCGCAACAGCAGGCCAUUUUGCUUAAUUGGUUUGAUCGAUUUCUUAAUAAAGGGGAUGAUUGCCCUAAUAUUCAGAGAGCAUUUGAGGUAUGGUGGAGGAGAGCUUUUAUCAGAAAGUACAUGCCUGAGGAAAAUAAUUCACAAUUGCAAAUAACUGUCUUUGACUAUCCGAGUUGAAGGUGAACAUUCCUUGUAUGUGUGUGUGUGUGUGUAUAUAUGUAUCUCGAGUGACAUUCUUUAUGUGAACUUCCACCCACAAAUUUUCAUUUCCUUUGACCCCAUUGGAUUUCAAAGGCUUUUUCUGAAAGAUUCAUAUUCUAAAUGUAGAAGCUUUGUAAAUGUAACAAUGUAUGUAAUAAGAGCAAUGGCGGUAAUGACAUUUCCAAACUGGUGAUGAUUUUGUGAU